CUGGUUCUACUGUGGAGUGCUGCUUUUUUCACCUGUCUCAAGCCCACUGGCGAAAGAUCGCUGAUCUUGGUCUUCGUGGUAGCUAUAUAGAGGACGAGAAUCUUGCCUUAUCAUUAAGGAUGUUCACAGCAUUGGCAUUUGUACCCGUGGACAGAGUUUAUGACGUAUUUGCGCAGCUAUGUGAGUACGUGCCACAGAUAGUCCAGCAGUUCAUUCCAUACAUGGAGGACACCUACAUAGGAUCAUGGCGAUUCCAGAGUAAAACAAAACCUGAUGGUCACAUGGUGUUUAAGCGUCAGUGGAGAGAUCCAAUGUAUCCACCGCACUUAUGGAAUGUGUACAAGCGCACUCUUGAAGGUGAACCCAGGACCAACAACCAGUUGGAGGGAUGGCACCGUCGCUUCAAGACAAUUGUAGAUAAAAAUCACCCAAACAUCUACCUCUAUCAAACAGUGAUUUUCUCUUAAAUAAAAAAUCUUUUUGUGUGAUAUAUUAUUUCUUCAAACAACAAACCUUUUCUGAUCGGGAUAGAAAUUUUUGAUCGAUGCAUCUUGCUAUAAACCAAUCGAAUAUAUAAAAUGAUGGACAAAAGGACAGCAUUUGGCAAACAUUCAAUAGACGGUCUUUGGUAUUUCUAUUUUUCACAGUUUUUUCAUUUUUUCACGAACAGAAUAAAUCUGUUAUCAAUAAUAAAGAAUUCUUUCUGUUCCGCUGGAGUUAUAGAGUUUAGCCAGCAUUGUUUAUAAAUGUUGAUCUGAAAGCUUACACACUCUGGAACUUUUAAGCAGUAUUCCAUGCAAGCUUCCACUGUAGUUUCAGUUAAGCGGCCGAUAUCAUGAAAGCUGAU